GGUCAUUUCUGCCAGCGUGUCCCCCUCCCGAUAGUCGAGCCUUGUCAGGCUCGAGUCAUGCCAGGACAAUGUGACUGGGAGACCAUUUUUACUUUCCGCCGUGCCAUUAAUGACUACUUGGCUCUUAAUUUUUUGCUUUUCUUUCACGCCUUCUGGGCCCUAUACAUGUCCGUCGCCUGGCCACCCCGACGAAGGUUGCUUCCUCACUUUACCUGCGCCACGAUCCUAUGUUGGUCGUAGCCAUUGGAUGUUGGUCGUGUUGUGGUGCUGCCGCUUCCAUCAUUUCGGAUGCAUCUUCAAGGCUACUGGAGUUGUCGAUUUGUCGCUGGCUGGUAGGUUGUCUUCUCGGAUGCGAAUGGCGGAUCGAUUUCAUGGUGACGUGUUGGACUACUGACCUGGCCUUCUCAAGCAAGGGCGCGCAUUUGUUGUGUUCUUUGGUUUUUGAACACUCUAUAUUAUAGCGUUGCUGCCAGCUUCGUACUUUGAGUUGAGGUUGAGGCGAGAAAAUAUAGAUCUCUACUUGCAGAAAGUUAAUCCAUCGCGACAUGGCAACUUUGAGAUGUGUCUUUCGAUUACAGCCUGGUGCAGAUGAGCUUAGCCAAGGUUUAGGGUUGCCUCAGACAGUAACUGCAACUUCGAGGAGAAUGGAUGGUUCCAGUUCUUUACCAUCGGCGACUUUCACUGUAUUUAAAUUCCCUCCUGUCUGCCCCAUCCUACAAUCAUCGGAUUCGACUCUUCGUUUUAGAACCAUAAAUUCAUCAGCUACUCUCCAAAGCUCCUUCAACCCCUGUCUAGAAUUCUUGAGGUUUGGAGCUAGUUCAAGGAGGUUGUGGAAGGUGGAACAUGGACUUGGGCGCGUACAGUCCCUGGGAGCCACAGAGGAGGCGCACAUGCCAUUUGAGCAAGAUAGGAGGUCAUUGGAAAUAACAUAUUUUACUGAAAUUAGCCCUUCAUCGUCAUCUCCUUCACGUAGCAAGGAUAGAGCAGAUGAUUUAUCUUUGAAUAAUCCUCUGCUCCGACAGCACCGUCUAGGAUGUGGCUGGUUGGGCGUCGUGUUGGAAUGGGAGGGUGUAAUCGUCGAAGAUGACUCCGAGCUGGAAAGGAGAGCUUGGGCCGCCCUUGCUGAAGAAGAAGGAAAGAGACCACCACCGACUUUCGUCCUUAAAAGAGCAGAAGGCAUGAAAAACGAGCAGGCUAUCUCGGAAGUUCUGUGCUGGAGUAGAGACAUCCUUCAAAUGAAGCGCCUGGCCAUCAGAAAGGAGGACCUGUACGAAAAGAUGCAAGGCGGUUUGUACAGGUUACGGCCAGGAUCUCGUGAAUUUGUACAGAUACUCAAGAAACACGAAAUCCCUAUUGCGGUGGCAUCCACGAGACCUAGGAGGUAUCUGGAGAGAGCUAUUGAAGCAGUUGGCAUGGAGGGUUUUUUCAGUGUUGUUCUUGCCGCUGAAGAUGUCUACAGGGGUAAACCAGACCCUGAGAUGUUCAUGUAUGCGGCAGAGAGGCUUGGCUUUAUUCCUGAGCGUUGCAUUGUAUUCGGAAACUCCAACUGCAGCGUCGAGGCAGCCCAUGAUGGGUGCAUGAAGUGCGUGGCUGUUGCAGGAAAACACCCUGUAUACGAAUUAAGUGCUGGAGACUUGGUUGUUCGCAGACUCGACGAUUUGUCUGUGGUUGAUCUGAAGAAUCUCUCGGAUCUUGACUCUCCAGAGUUCCAGAUCCCGGAACCGCGGUUGGAAAUGGAGGUCGAAGUGGAACAAAUUCUUCCCCAGGUCACUACUAGGGAUUGGUAGUCGCAAGUUCCUAUUAGGUGUAUUUCUAUCAAAAAUUUGUACAGCAUAUUCUUCUGAUUCUAGUAAUAAAGCUCAUUCUUGUAAAUUGUAAACAGAUGUGCAUCUUGCACUGGGAAGUGUAAGGAGCUGUUAAGUUCCUCCUCUGCUAGCUUUGUACCAAUAUAGCUGUAAAUUAAUAAUUCAUUACAGUAAAACAAAUUACUUGUGCCCAAA